ACUGCGACUGAUCAUCCCAGUGAGUUGAGUUGGCGAUUCGCGUGCUCCGUUUAAACCAGACUUCAUGGUGCCGGCGGCGCUCGGAGGGAAGUCUUCGGAGCCCCUGGUGGCAGCCCGAAAUUGCGAAACCCUCGAGUGCAGAAGCUUCUGGAGGGCUGGAAAUUACGAGGUUAAGUCCUCUCUUCUUCCUUCGCUACAAGAAUCAUGCGAGUUCGAUCGCGCACGGGUUCACCCGAAGUUUCUACACUCCAACGCCACUUCCCACAAAUGGGCUUUCGGAGCCAUUGCCGAACUUCUUGACAAUGCAGUUGAUGAGAUAUGCAAUGGUGCAACAUUUGUCAAGGUAGAUAAGAUGAUCAAUCCAAGAGAUAGCAGUCCUAUGUUACUUGUUCAAGAUGAUGGAGGAGGAAUGGACCCAGAAGGUAUACGCCAUUGUAUGAGCUUGGGAUUCUCAAAGAAGAACUCAAAGACCACUAUAGGACAGUAUGGUAAUGGCUUUAAGACAAGUACUAUGAGAUUAGGUGCGGAUGCAAUUGUAUUCACUCGCGCUAAUCAUGGCUGCAAUGAAACUCAGAGCAUUGGCCUUCUGUCAUAUACAUUCUUGAGAAGAACAAUGAAAGAUGACAUCAUUGUGCCGAUGCUUGAUUUUGGAAGUUCUGUAAAGCAAAUGCAGCCUUUAGUUUAUAGUUCCCAAGAUGAUUGGGAUGAUAGCCUACGAAUAAUUCUUGAUUGGUCACCAUUUUCUUCUGAAGAGCAACUCCUGCAACAGUUUGAGGAUGUUGGGACUCAUGGAACAAAAGUGUUAAUAUAUAAUCUUUGGAUGAAUGAUACCGGCCUUUUGGAAUUAGACUUUGAUGACGAUGAUGAGGAUAUAAGGUUGCGGGAUCGGUCCAGUAGUGAAGGUUUUUCAAGGUUUCAUAAGGAAGUAGUUCAAAUGCAUAUUUCUUAUACCCUUAGAUAUUCGUUGAGGGCAUAUUCAUCCAUCCUUUAUCUUCGGACGUUAAAAAACUUUCAGAUUAUCUUAAGAGGCAAACCCGUGGAGCAAAUAAAAAUUGCAGAUGAAUUGAAAUUCAGCAAGUCAAUAACCUAUAAGCCACAAACAGUGGCUUCUGAAGAUGCUGUGGCAAGAACAACAAUUGGUUUUGCAAAAGAGGCUCCUGUUCUUGGUAUUUUCGGUGUAAAUGUAUAUCACAAGAAUCGGCUUAUCAUGCCAUUUUGGAAAGUGCUUCAAGAAGGUUCUAGUCGUGGGAGAUGUGUUGUUGGAAUCAUUGAAGCAAAUUUUAUUGAGCCAGCUCAUGACAAACAGGAUUUUGAAAGAACACCCUUAUUUAUUAGGUUGGAGACAAAGCUCAGACAAUUGAUCAUUGAAUACUGGAAAGGCCAUUGUCACUUGAUUGGUUAUCAACCAAUUACUCCAGAAGUUGGUGAUAAGCACAGAGAUGCUAUUAAGCAUUCUCGUAUACUUGGAAAAUCCACACAGCAGAAACCUGGUGGUCAUGGUAUUGCUCAUGAGAAGAGCAAUGGAGAAAAAAUUGUUGCCCUUCCUACUCUUAAUGGUUCUUCUGCAGCAUCUUUUGUUCAAGCUCCUGCUGAUUCUUUAAUGGAGGAUGCAUUCAAUUUUGGGCAGGUGCGAGCAGCUCCGGCUUAGGCAGGCUGAGCUGAAGCAAACGGUUAACGAGCUGGAACGCGAGCUCGAAAGAGCCAAACGGAGGUGCGUUCGUCUUUCUUCUGAGCUUGAGGCAAGGAGAAGGCAGCACACAGUGAUGAACAUUCGCUAAUCAUUAAAAUAAAUAAGAAAGAUAGCUUCAAUGGCACAUUAAAUCUAGUUUGCAUCUUGAUUGCUUGUUUUUCUUUUUCUGUUCAUUAUAACUGAAUUGAGGUUGUUUCUAGGUGUCAUUUUUGUCCUACUGGAUAGAAAAGAUAUGCUUGAUAUUUAAUAGGUCUAAAUAGAAGGCUCUGAAUUUGUAAAUAGAAGGCUUUGAAUUGGUCUGCAAUAGAUUCCCUAUAUUUUUAGAA